AACCCAAUGCAAAUGCAAAACCCUAUAACAAUAUAAUGGAUUAUACUCUUUACCUCAGGCAUAUGCGGAUCCCUAAAUCCACCAUGACAAAUCAACCCCCACAAUACCAAAAUAGAAUUAACCCCACAACCCAAGUACAUGCACAAGCAGAAAGGAGGAACGACGCCCACCACUCACUGUGUCAAUGA